AUGUCCAUUCCCUAUUUGCUGAACCAUGAGUUUGGAGUUGUCUCCAUGUCUGGCAUUCUCAUUAGUACAUAUCUGUCAUGUCUUACUAUACUUGUUAUAACACUUUUGUCCGUUGAACGAUGGCUGCACAUGACUCACCGAUCCUUACUCACAUCACGCCGUAGAUAUCGUUUUGUUGUUCUCUCAUUGCUAGCGCCAGUUCCUUUGGUUACUUUACAGGCAUUGAACCUCAUCACGAAGAAAAUGAAACUAGAAACAAAUGCUUCGAUGGGUGCUUAUGGGCUAUCGUGUUACUUGACCACCUCUGUUGCAUAUUUCAGAGUGUUCCGUAUUAUUCGACAGCACCAGCAACAAAUUCAUGGGAAUCAGGCUCGUCAAAAUUGUGGUCAACCAGCGAUCGACUUGGCAAAGUAUAAGAAAUCGAUCUUUUCAGUCUUGUGCAUUCUUGCUUUGUUUUCUUUGUGCAUUUUACCUUUCAUUGUUUCGCUUUUCCUCCUUAUUCUUUUGGGUAAAGAUGAAGGAAGUUGGGGGCCAUAUCACGUAUCUUUGGUGAUCUUACUUUCAGCAUCCUGUCUCAAUCCUAGCCUUUAUAUUUGGAGAAUGAAAGAUGUUCGUGUUGGAGUCAAAAAGUUGUGUUGUUGCACAAACGGAUCCCACUAGAUAUAACUACUAGUAUCGAUGGGCCGAAUUGUUGUUGAACACUAUCCUCGAAUUGGGUUCAUCGAGCCUCACGUGAAUCACCUACUGAAGGUGCUCGCUUACCCACGGACAUAUCUUCUUUCUGGGAGACAAUUUGUUGAAUGCAAUUUCUAAGUUACGAUAUGUGUCUUCGGAUGCUGUUUGUAGCGUAUAGUACAUAUAGACAAUGCGUGAAGUGGUCGCUUACAACACGUUGAAAACAAUGGAAAAUUCAGAUAAAACCGUCAUCCUAAAAAGUAGUCGCGGUCGCUUACAAAAGGUAGCCAUUUACGAGAGGUUCCAACUUUAAGGCUUUGAGUGGGGAAAUUUUGGUGUUUUCAGUAGGUGGUCGCACAUGGACGUUCGACCGUAUUUUUAGUCUCGGUUCUCGAGUUAUUGAAAUUUCUUUGCAGCAGUGAAUACUUGGUGGAAUAGAUAUUUUGCAGACAAUUGGGUACCCCUGGAAUAUUGUUCUCAAUGCUCACUAAAAUAACCACUACGGCGAUGGUAACGAGAACGGCAAAACAGCAAUAGGUUUAGACAAGCAAAACAACAACUUUGCACGUGCAGCACGUUUUUUGUACAUUUCUCUGCCGUCGUUGCACGACUGCAACGUGAAACUGCCUAAUUUCACGUUUUGUCGAGGACGGGAACAAAAAACAACACCUUUCUUUUCCUGAACUUUGAUGCAGUCAGUUAGAAUUCAACUGCAAAAAACUUUGCCAACAUUUGACGAAUUUAACGAGAUGGAGUAAGUGCGAUCAAGUUUGAGGCAGCAGCGCAAAUUCACUUUGUAAGUGACGUUUUCGUUGCCGUCGCAAUCGUCGUUGCAUAAACUCCCUAAUAUUCCCGAAAAGGUGAGCGUUGUGAGUGGUGUCGGAAAUGAUUGAUGUCUGCAAGUCCUUUGCAUUAAGGACCAUGGAGGAGUGGUUUUGGUGUGGCAAAGGAACGAGGGGAAUAAAAUCAACAAGUGAAAGUUUUAUCUUCCGAAUUUCGUCGCUUGAUUGGACUUGGCGUAUUGUCUUUUUGUUAAAUUUGUACACCAUGCGAAUAUUUCAGAUUAAAAAGAGCCAUAAAUAUUGUAUGUGGGAAGUUUUAGUUAUUAAAAACUGAAAUCAACUUCAAGUGCGUGGCAAACAUAAUAAAGUUUCGUUUGUUUUUAUAUUAUUGUCUCCUCACCAUUAUCAAUAUGCUAUUCACCGCGAGGUCUAGUUUUUUUAAGUGGAAAGACGAAAAAGAGCCGAGACGGUCGUGUUUUCCUAUUAAGAAAAACUUAAUGUCAGCUUUGGUAAAACAACAUACUAACUUUUAACAUGAAGAAACAUCGGUGAACAAAAGUAAGUGUACAUUAAACUGAAAAGGAAAUUAAAUAUCAAUCUGAAUAAAUAUAAUUUCAACUCAGAACAGCGGUUAAAGCAUUCUACAUGUACAUUGCAUUUGAAAAACAUUGCAAAAAUAUCCAGCACUUCGUUUGAAAUCAACUGAAAACAAAUUAGAUUUUACGACAAACUGUUGAUAAUCCUUCUUGGUUCGUCAGUAUCAUCGCCGUGAAUACUAUCAGUUAUGUCACCAAGGGGUCUAUUCAGUUGUCUUUUUAAUGGACAAGAUUCGAAAGAGUCGACUCCAUACAACAGUCAUGUUUUCCUGUAUAUAACGGAAAUUAAUGUCAUCUGUCGGGAAUAUAUUUAAAAUUUUUAUAACUAAAAAAAAGGCAAAAUCAGCAGUUAAUAAUAGGAAGGGUCUUAAAAAAGGAAACCGGGUGCCAAAUUGAAUAGGGGUAACUUUGUCUUAGUUCACAGUAGGUAUAAAACUUACUACGUUGAAUCAAAGUUUAAGACAAAUACGAGUGAUAUCCUAUGCCACGAAAAAUCAAUUCCCUUUUGUUGAAGCACUGAUCCGAUUUCGUCUUCUGAAGGAAGGCUUUCAGCGGGCUGAAUUGGUAACCUAUGCAAACGGUUCAAAAGUUGGAGUGUAUGUAAGAAAGACAUUUAUUGACUCCUUUUAUUUACUCCUUUAGAAGCUAGCUGAUAAUUUUUCUUCCGUCGAUCACACUCUCAAGCCCAUCAUUCCCGUGGCAUAUACAAUUUUCAAAGUCGCUGAAACGUACUAUUAUAUGUCAUGUUGAACGACACCAAUAGAUCCAUUCCAAGCACCUUAAGCACUGAAGCAAGUGCUGAUGGGCCGAACAGUAUUCUAGUGGCAAUUCAUGUGAUCAUAGUUGUUCUUUCUCCUGUAGCAAUAGUGGGGAAUGCUGUGGUUUUAACUGCGAUUUGGAAGAGGUCCUUCCAGAGAACACCUUUUCAUAUUCUUUUGAGUGUUUUAGCGUUCUCUGAUUUGUGUACUGGAGUUGCCACCUCUAUCAUGUCGAUUCCCUAUUUGUAUAACCAUACGUUUGAAACCGCUGAAUCAGCAAUUGGAAUUCUCUGUGAAACAUAUCUGAUGUCUCUAACAAUACUUGUUAUAACCCUUAUGUCUAUUGAACGAUGGCUGCACAUGACUCGUCGAUCCUUUGUGACAUCGCGCCGUGGAUGUCUCAUCGCUGCGGUCUCACUGGUAGUACCAAUUCCAUUCACUGUUCUACUGGCCAUUUGCUUUUUCAACGAGAGUUUUAAACUAGAGGCAGGCACCGCUAUGGGAGUAUAUCUGCUCUCUUGCUACUUAGCCACCACUGUUGCGUAUUUCAAAGUUUUCCGUAAAAUUCGCCGACACCAGCAACAAAUUCGUGAAAACCAGUCGUGUCAAAGUGUUGGUCAACCAGCGAUCGACUUGGCGAAAUACAAGAAAUCCUUACUUUCAAUCUUGUACAUUCUUGUUUUGUUUUCGUUUUCUUUCUUGCCUGUGGCAGUUAUGCUCUUUCUCCUUGUUAAAUUGAAUAAGAGCGUGGAAACGUGGGAGCCAUAUCACGUGUCUUUGGUGUUCUUAUAUUUGUCUUCCAGUCUCAAUCCUGGUCUUUAUAUGUGGAGAAUGAAAGACAUUCGUGAUGGAGUUAAAUCCUUAUUCUGCCCUUGCAGAUCUCAGUAGACUAGUAUGAAUUAUCAUCAAGAAAUCCCCGGGGAGCACUCAACGAAGUUCUACACGGGGAGGCUCCGCCCCGAUGUCCAACCCCUCAGACCCUUUUAUAGACCUUUUUUUGACGGAAAAGGUACCCUGUUGGACCUCAGGGAGGAGCCUCCCGUAUAAAGGGUUCUAAAGUAUAGCGAGGGGAAGUCGUUACGUCACGUUGCCUUGGUAGCAAAAUUUUUGGAUGACAAGAAACCGAUAAAGUCACUUAAAAGUCCAUUCGCAAUACUUCAAACUUCACCGAUCUUAUUCAGUUUCAUUUAAAUUGGCAAAUCUUGGCGAAAUUUUCUUUCGGACAGUAUCUAUCGAUAUCUGAGUUCAAAAAAAGAAAGUGACAAUUUUUGUGUUGUGUUCUCCUACUCCAUUGGGCGGGCUCGUGAAAUUAGGAAGUUUCAUGUCGUAGUCGUACAACGACGUUUGUUAAUAUAAGCAUAUUAUUUUUUGCCUUCUCCUUGCCGUCGCCGUCGUCGUUGGUUUUGUUGUCAUCCAGAAAUAGUGCUACCAAGGUAACGUGACGUCACACUUCUCUUUAUUCUUCCGGAAAUUAGGGACACUAAAAGUCCUGGAUUUUGAAAAUCAAUCAACCCUUAAAGUGUUGUGACAUCUCCUGACUUGUUUAAUUUGUUUCUCACGACAACUUUACAUAUUAUGACUCUUGCAUGCACUGAACAAUAGCUUAUAAUAAUAUAUUAGCUCCUGGUUAGAUUUUAUUUCGUGGGAAGCUUUUAACUUAAUAAAGAUGUGGGUGGGCUUUAAAGAUUAACUGCGAACGCCGUAAAUAUCAUCACCGUAGUUUCUUUAUCAUAACAUUUUAAAUAGCUACACGACUGAUUACGUUUACUUUUGAUAAAGCCACAGCCAGCAUUAUUAGUCGCCAUCUCCGGUGGGCUUUUUGAGUCCUGAUGGCAAUGGUGCCUUGUUUCUGAUAAAAGCAGGUUAUUGCCAGAUGUCGGAAACGAGAAUUAUAAUAAAGCUCGUGAACCAUUAAGAAUAGGAAUUGUAAUAAAGGAAAGCUAAACAUUAAAUGAACAAAACAAGCAGAUGACAGGUGAAACAAGUAGUUUUAAUUUAAAGAACACCUUACUUCCAGGUCAAACGAGUCCAGGACUUCAUUGACUGAUGUAGUUGCAACUUGCAAUGAUCCGUGUCCAUUGAAACCUGUUAACAGUCUCCCUAAGAUCACCUUUCAAGACAUUUUUAUACUCAGCAUCUCUCCUUUCUUCUUGCUGAUCAACUUGUCAAGCUUGGCUGUGAGCUCAUGAAAUAAGGCUGUGUUUUUUAACGGGGUGGAGAACCGAUAGCGAGUGCGGAUGUUUGAAAACACGACUUGCCCCACUUUAGAUUAUCAUAAUACUUCCCAUCCCACUACCUUGAACGAUAGCAACACUGUUGGUAGAGACAGUAUUUCAGUGGCCAGUCAUGUAGCCAUCCUUCUUCUCGCUCCGGUCGCAGUAAUGGGAAAUGCUCUGGUUUUGACCGCGAUUUGGAAAAAGUCCUUUCAGAGAACACCUUUUCAUAUUCUUUUAAGUGUUUUAGCGUUCACGGAUUUGUGUACAGGUGUCACCGGCCUUUUCCUCUCUAUUCGUUUCUUGCUUGGCUUGAACCGUUUGAUGAUGUUUUAUAUUGGGAUCCCUUGUGCAAUAUACUUGUCAACCUUUACAUUACUUCUUAUAACACUUAUGUCUAUUGAACGAUGGCUGCUUAUGUCUCGACGAGCCUCAGUAACAUCGCGCCGUGGAGGCAUCGUUGUUGCCGCUUCAUUGCUUGUACCAAUUCCUUUCGUUUAUUUUAACGCAUUGGAGUCAACCACAGGAAGAAUUGCAAGAGAGGUGAUUACUGCCAUGGGCGUAUGCAUGCUAUUGUGUUACUCUGCUACUUCUUUUGCUUAUAUUAAAGUGUUCCGAAUUAUUCGACUACACCAGCAACAAAUUCAUGGAAACCAGUCUCGUCAAAACCCCGGACAAACAUCAAUAAACCUAGCAAAAUACAAGAGAUCGGUAAUUUCAAUCUUUUUUAUUCUCGCUUUGUUUUCUGUUUCGUUCUUACCUAUAAUUUUUUCAAGUUUCUUUCUUGCCUCCGUGGGUGUAAACGGCGAAACUUUGAAGGCCCAGCUUGUUUGUUUUGUGUUCAUGUUUUUAUCAUCCUCUGUCAAUCCUGGUCUUUAUAUUUGGAGAAUGACAGAUGUUCGCUAUGGAGUCAUCGGCUUAUUUCGCACGAACUUUUAG